AGGAUUCGGUCUGUCUCUCUUUUCAAACAACCUGAUCUUGGAAACCAGCGAGUUGGUUGCAGAGCAGAGGUGCCUAUUGUCUUUAUUGUAUACUGUAAUAUCCCAGUUUCCAGCAGUCUUAUUGCUCGAGUACAAACGACGCAUUCUUUCAUCCUUUCUCCAUUCGUUUGACGCAGAUCUGGUUUCUGGACAUAUAACACACGAUACCAUACGGAGGAUACGGAUUGAAUUCUUGUCCUGCAUCUCUCCCGCAGUCCUGCGCAAUCACCCUCUAACCCAUGAUGCUCUGUUCCUCCACUCGCCAUGGACGGUGACAGACGGAGCGAAACGAAUCCGUUUUCGGACAAUGCUGCAAUCCAAGACGAACGAGAAGCCAUUGUCGAAUCGACCUUGAGCGUCGGUCGCAAUGCCACCCUUACCCUAGGCACCGACGCGGUGAUUGUUCUAGGUUAGGAACCCCAGGCACGACUAAGGGUCUUUCUGAUCUUUCUUUGCAGAUGACGGACUCCGCAGAGACUCGGGCUUUGACUGCUUCGGGUUGUUGCGUCAAAAAACCACGAAUACCCGCUCAAUACCCUACUUCAACGUUCUGUGGACAGAGAUCGUCAAAGACGAGCUGACCAUCCGAUAUGCGAAACCGGCCUCCAAGUCCGCGAAUUCUUCCGUCAAUGUUGCAUACAUCAAUUACACGAUUGAAAAUUACACGUCGGCACAAGAGAAAGCUUGCAGAUGGGUAGAACGCCUACUAGAGCGCGCCUACGGAAGGGCGCAGCGCAAUAAAAGAAUAAAAUUGUUGAUCAAUCCUUUUGGUGGAGCAGGCAAGGCCCCUAAGAUAUACGCAAAAUCCAUCGAACCUAUAUUCGCCGCAGCGCGGUGCGAGGUCGACGUCGAACGGACCACGCAUUCGGGCCACGCACUAGAAAUAUGCGAGAACCUGGACGUCAACGCUUUUGAUGUCGUUGCGAGCGCGUCAGGCGACGGGCUCCCUCACGAGUGCAUCAACGGACUGGCGCGAAAACCCAACGCAGCGGAAGCCCUGAGAAAAGUCGCCGUGGUGCAGUUACCCUGUGGCACGGGGAAUGCCAUGUCGUGGAACCUCACGGGUACGGGAGAGCCCAGCACAGCGGCAUUGUGCAUUGUCAAAGGACUCCGUACGCCAAUGGACCUGGUCAGUGUGACGCAGGGCAACACGAGAACCCUGUCGUUCCUCUCGCAGUCGCUAGGCAUAGUGGCUGAAAGUGACCUGGGCACCGAGAACAUCCGGUGGAUGGGCGACGCACGAUUUACAUUCGGCUUCCUGGUUCGGUUGCUCGGGAAGACAGUCUAUCCUAUCGAGAUUGCUGUGAAGACGGAGAUCGAGGACAAGCAGGACAUCAGACGGCAUUAUGCCGAGCAUAUGGCCAGACGGACAAGUUACGGCAGCGCGCUGUCACAUGCCGAUCUGGACGGACCACUGGAUACCUCGACCGGUCUGGGCUUGCCUCCUCUACAUUAUGGCACAGUCAACGACCCUCUUCACGAGGACGCUGGAUGGACCCCAAUGAAGUCGUAUUCGAACAUGGGCAAUUUCUAUUCCGGCAAUAUGGCCAUGAUGGCGGCCGAUGCGCCCUUCUUCCCGGCCUCAUUACCCUGCGACGGCCUACUGGACCUCAUCACGAUUGACGGCGAUAUCAGCCGCAUGAAAGCCGUUGACCUGCUGCUGUCAGUACCCAAGGGGACGUUCUUCGACAAGGAGUGCGUGCGAUACCGAAAAGUCUCGGCCAUCCGCGUGGUGCCAAAGUUUGGCAGUAUGGCGAAGCAGUCCGAGAACGAGGCGCGACAGAACAGCUUGGGCAAGAUGCUCGAUCGGAUCGGGGCGGCUGGGAAUGGACGUAACGCCUCUCGCGACGGCGGGUAUUUCAGCGUCGAUGGAGAAAAGAUGCCCUUCCAACCGUUCCAGGUCGAGGUGCACAAGGGCCUCGGGACGGUGUUGAGUAGGAAUGUGGGCAUGUACGAGUCCAUUGGGCCGCGAGGGUGGGAAGACGUUGAUGUCACUACCACUACGGCGAAGACGGUGACGGGUGAGGUGGUAUGAACGGUCCAAUGCAGGAUGGAUCCUAUCGUUGAGGAUCACAACACGAGAGAAGAAGACUGGUCUCGUGCCAUUAUACCCUGGAAAAGGAACAUCAGAGCAUCAGAGCAUUACGGAAGGUGAACUGUGGAGUAUUUGGAGGCGUGUCAAUAUCUGAAGUUUUGGUCCCGCUCAUUUCGAGACGGAUACACUGGACGCUGGUGAAAGCAUGAUACCCAUGGUAUUGUUUUUGGUGGAUUCUUCUGCAGCUUGCAUCUGAUACCAAAUACACAAUUUGCACAUACUAAAA